CCACGCAACUUUUUUUAUUUUUCCACUACACUGAAGCUUGCUUCGAAAAACAGCAGCUUUCACUUCCUUCAGCUCGCGCUCUGCUUUCCUUUUCUAGGGUUUCCUCCGCUUUCCUCUUCCGUAAUCGUCAAUCUUGGUCUCUUGUCUUCCCAUUUCAGGCUGGAUACUGAAAUCUGAGAAGAAUCUACUGUGACUCGUUAGGGUGGUGUUUGGUGAGGAAGAUCUAUGUCUUCUUCACGGAAUGGGCCGGAGCAGCAGCCACCUCCGCGUCGGCUGCUGCGUACUCAGACGGCGGGAAACCUUGGAGAGUCAAUCUUUGACAGCGAGGUCGUGCCGUCGUCUCUUGUCGAGAUCGCUCCCAUUCUCCGUGUGGCUAACGAAGUCGAGGCAACGUAUCCCAGGGUUGCUUAUCUCUGUAGGUUCUAUGCUUUUGAAAAAGCACAUCGAUUAGAUCCAACAUCAAGUGGGCGUGGUGUGAGACAAUUCAAGACUGCUCUUUUACAACGACUAGAAAAGGACAAUGAGCCCACUUUUAGACAGAGGACCAAAAAGAGUGAUGCGCAAGAAAUGCGAAGUUUCUACCAGCAUUACUACAGAAAAUAUAUCGAGGCUCUCCAAAAUGUUGCUGACAAGGCUGAUCGUGCUCGACUUACCAAAGCUUACCAAACAGCUGCUGUUUUGUUUGAGGUUUUAAAAGCUGUUAAUCUGACUCAAUCUCUUGAAGUGGAUAAAGAGAUAUUGGAAACUCAUAAUAAAGUUGAAGAAAAGAAAAAGAUAUAUGCACCUUACAAUGUUCUUCCGCUUGAUCCUGAUAGUGCAAAUCAGGCUAUAAUGCGGUAUCCAGAGAUUCAAGCUGCAGUAAUUGCUCUUCGGAAUACUAGGGGUUUACCAUGGCCCAAAGAUCAUGAGAAGAAGUUAGAUGAAGACCUUCUUGACUGGCUUCAGGCAAUGUUUGGUUUUCAGAAGGAUAAUGUGGCUAAUCAAAGAGAACAUUUGAUAUUAUUACUAGCAAAUGUCCACAUCCGACAGGCUCCAAAGCCUGAUCAACAAGCAAAGUUGGAUGAUCGUGCCUUAAAUUUGGUCAUGAAGAAACUAUUUAGGAAUUACAAGAAGUGGUGCAAAUACUUGGAUCGAAAGAGUAGCCUCUGGCUGCCAACCAUUCAGCAGGAAGUACAACAGAGAAAAUUGCUUUACAUGGGCCUGUAUCUUCUAAUUUGGGGUGAAGCUGCAAAUCUGCGUUUUAUGCCGGAAUGCUUGUGCUAUAUCUAUCAUCAUAUGGCUUUUGAACUUUAUAGCAUGCUAGCUGGCAAUGUGAGCCCCAUGACAGGUGAAAACGUAAAGCCGGCUUAUGGGGGUGAUGAAGAAGCCUUCCUCAGAAAAGUUGUAACUCCUAUUUAUAAAACAAUAGCCGAGGAAGCCAAGAGAAGCAAAACAGAAAAAUCGAAACAUUCUCAAUGGAGAAAUUAUGAUGAUUUAAAUGAAUACUUUUGGUCAGUUGACUGUUUUCGUCUGGGUUGGCCAAUGAGAGCAGAUGCAGAUUUCUUUUGUCAACCUCACAAAUAUCCAUCUGAAAAAAAUGGAGAGAACGUAAACACUGCUAGGCACAGAUGGAUUGGGAAAAGUAAUUUUGUUGAGAUACGCUCAUUUUGGCAUAUAUUUAGAAGUUUUGAUAGACUGUGGGCUUUCUUCAUUCUGGCAUUGCAGGUCAUGAUUAUCCUUGCAUGGAAUGGAGGCUCACCAAGUGAUAUCUUUGAUAAUGGGGUCUUUAAGCAAGUAUUGAGCAUUUUCAUUACUGCUGCUGUAUUGAAGUUAGGACAAGCUAUCCUGGAUAUCAUUCUUAGCUGGAAAGCUAGAAGAAGCAUGUCUUCUGCAGUUAAACUGAGAUAUAUCUUGAAAGUUGUUUCAUCUGUAGCAUGGGUGGUAAUAUUACCUGUCACGUAUGCUUACACCUGGGAAAAUCCUACUGGACUGGCAAAAACUAUCAAAAGCUGGCUUGGGAAUGGUCAAAACCAACCAUCUCUUUAUAUUUUGGCAGUGGUGAUAUAUCUGUCUCCAAACAUGCUUUCGGCUUUGCUGUUUCUUUUUCCAUUUGUCCGUAGGUUUCUUGAAGGUUCACACUACAAGAUAGUGAUGCUUAUGAUGUGGUGGUCUCAGCCUUGUCUCUUCAUAGGCAGGGGAAUGCAUGAAAGCGCUUUCUCACUUUUCAUGUAUACAAUGUUUUGGGUGAUUCUUAUAGUGACGAAGCUGAUAUUUAGUUACUAUAUUGAGAUCAGGCCUCUUGUCAAUCCUACAAAAGAUAUUAUGAGAAGCUCCAUAUCUACUUAUGAAUGGCAUGAGUUCUUUCCCCAUGCAAAGAGUAACAUUGGUGUUAUAAUCGCACUUUGGGCCCCAAUUAUUCUUGUAUAUUUCAUGGAUACACAGAUAUGGUAUGCAAUUUUCUCCACAUUAGUUGGAGGAGUCUAUGGUGCUUUUCGUCGUCUUGGAGAGAUACGAACUUUAGAAAUGCUAAGGUCUAGAUUUCAAACUUUGCCGGGUGCUUUCAAUGCACAUCUUAUUCCAUUUGAAAAAUCUGAAUCAACUGCAAAGAGGGGUUUAAAAGCUUCUUUGUCUCGGCUCUUUGAAAAGAAGCCAUCUAGUAAUUUGGAGAAGGAAACUGCAAAGUUUGCUCAAAUGUGGAACAAAAUAAUCACUAGUUUCCGUGAUGAAGAUCUCAUUAACAACAGGGAGAUGAAUUUAUUGCUAGUUCCGUACUGGGCUGACCAAGACCUGAACCUUGUCCAGUGGCCUCCUUUCUUACUUGCUAGCAAGAUUCCAAUUGCUUUGGAUAUGGCCAAAGAUUCUAAAGGCAAAGAUCGAGAUUUGAAAAAAAGACUUCAAAAUGAUAGUUAUAUGGCUCAUGCUGUGAAAGAAUGUUAUUUAUCAUUUAGGAAUAUUAUUAACCACCUAGUGACUGGUGAUCGUGAGAAGAAGAUUAUAAAUGAGAUCUUCGAGAAAGUUGAUGAGUUGAUAGUUGAAGACAAAUUAAUAACAGACUUGAGGAUGAGCGCUCUUCCAGAUCUCAACAAUAAAUUUAUUAAUUUGAUAAAAGUUUUGAUGGACAACAAACAAGAGGACAGAGAUCGAGUUGUACUUCUUUUCCAAGAUAUGCUGGAAGUUGUGACAAGAGACAUAAUGGAAGAACAGUUUUCUGAUCUUCUAGAUACAUACCAAGGAGCUUAUAGGUGGCCAGAGGGCGUCCCACCUAAUUAUAGGAGGUCAGAGGGCAUCACUCUUUCAAAUAAAGAUGUCCAGUUAUUUGCAUCAACUGGGGCCAUUAGGUUUCCUUUGCCAAAAUCAGACGCCUGGACAGAGAAGAUAAGAAGGCUUAAUCUCCUACUCACUGAGAAGGAAUCUGCCAUGGAUGUACCAGCCAAUCUAGAGGCUAGAAGACGAAUUUCAUUCUUCAGUAAUUCUCUAUUUAUGAGCAUGCCUGAUGCACCAAAAGUGAGAACUAUGCUCCCAUUCUCUGUUUUAACUCCAUACUACAAUGAAGAUGUUAUUUUCUCACUUCCUCACCUGGAAGAGGAAAAUGAAGAUGGAGUUUCCAUCCUAUUCUAUUUGCAAAAAAUUUAUCCAGAUGAAUGGAAUAACUUCCUUGAACGUGUAAAUCAUGAUUCAGAAGAAGAACUCAAAUCUGACACAGACCUUCAAGAGGAACUACGUCUAUGGGCGUCGUAUAGGGGCCAAACGCUGUCUCGCACUGUUAGAGGUAUGAUGUAUCAUCGAAAAGCUUUGGAGCUUCAGUCUUUCCUUGACAUGGCCAAUAAUAAAGAUCUUAUGGAAGGCUAUAAAGCACUCGAAUUAUCUUCAGAGGAACAUUCAAGCGGAAGAUCUUUGUGGGCACAGUGCCAGGCUGUGGCUGAUAUGAAAUUCACCUACGUAGUAUCUUGCCAGCAAUAUGGAGCGCAAAAGCGUUCUGGCUUACAACAAGCGCAAGAUAUUCUAAGGCUUAUGACCAUGUAUCCAUCACUUCGUGUGGCAUAUAUUGAUGAGGUUGAACUACCUCAGGAGAAUAGGAAGGUUGAAAAGAUUUAUUAUUCAACAUUAGUGAAGGCUGCUGCUUUACCUGACGAUGAUAAUGCUGCAGACCCUGUGCAGAAUCUUGAUCAGGUCAUCUACCGGAUAAAACUUCCAGGUCCUGCUAUUUUGGGUGAAGGCAAGCCAGAAAAUCAAAAUCAUGCCAUUAUUUUCACUCGUGGUGAAGGUUUGCAGACAAUAGACAUGAAUCAGGAUAAUUAUCUGGAAGAGGCAUUAAAAAUGAGAAAUCUGCUUCAAGAGUUCUUAAAAAAACAUGAUGGUGUGAGAUACCCUUCAAUUCUUGGUGUCAGGGAGCACAUAUUCACGGGAAGUGUUUCUUCUCUUGCAUGGUUUAUGUCAAAUCAGGAAACAAGUUUUGUGACAAUUGGUCAGCGUUUGCUUGCAAAUCCUCUUAGGGUUCGAUUUCACUAUGGUCACCCGGAUGUUUUUGAUAGACUCUUUCAUCUCACGAGAGGUGGUGUGAGUAAGGCUUCCAAGAUAAUUAAUUUAAGCGAGGACAUCUUUGCUGGUUUCAAUUCCACUCUCCGUGAAGGCAGUGUUACGCAUCACGAAUACUUGCAAGUAGGUAAAGGAAGAGAUGUGGGCCUUAAUCAGAUAUCGCUAUUUGAAGCAAAGAUUGCAAAUGGAAAUGGCGAGCAGACAUUGAGCCGUGACAUAUAUAGACUUGGUCACCGUUUUGAUUUCUUUAGGAUGAUGUCAUGUUAUUUUACAACUGUGGGAUCUUAUUUUAGUACUCUGUUGACUGUCCUGACAGUAUAUGUUUUUCUAUAUGGACGUCUCUAUCUUGUUCUUAGUGGACUUGAUGAAGGUUUGGCAACUGGUAAAAGGUUCAUUCACAACCAUCCCCUUCAAGUUGCUCUUGCCUCACAAUCCUUUGUGCAGCUUGGGUUUUUGAUGGCUCUACCCAUGAUGAUGGAAAUUGGUCUUGAAAAAGGAUUCCGGAAGGCACUAAGUGAAUUCAUCAUGAUGCAGUUACAAUUAGCUUCUGUUUUCUUCACAUAUUCUCUUGGAACCAAAACUCACUAUUAUGGAAGGACAUUGCUUCAUGGAGGUGCUGAGUAUAGGGGUACAGGCCGUGGUUUUGUUGUCUUCCAUGCCAAGUUUGCUGAGAACUAUCGGCUUUACUCUCGUAGUCAUUUUGUCAAGGGCAUGGAGUUGUUGAUCUUACUUGUUGUUUAUCAAAUAUUUGGGCAGCCUUAUAGAUCUGCAGUUGCAUACAUAUUUAUUACUGCUUCUAUGUGGUUUAUGGUUGGGACUUGGUUGUUUGCUCCAUUUUUGUUCAAUCCUUCUGGAUUUGAAUGGCAAAAAAUUGUUGAUGACUGGACUGAUUGGAACAAGUGGAUCAGCAACCGUGGUGGGAUUGGCGUGCAAGCAGAUAAAAGCUGGGAAUCAUGGUGGGAGAAGGAGCAAGACCAUCUGAAAUAUUCGGGAAAGCGAGGGAUCACUACUGAGAUACUGCUGUCAUUUCGAUUUUUCAUUUAUCAAUACGGGCUUCUCUAUCACUUGCAUAUAACUAAGACAAAGAGCAUAUUGGUAUAUGGCGUUUCUUGGCUUGUGAUCUUGGUAGUAUUGCUUGUCAUGAAGACUGUAUCUGUUGGAAGGCAAAGAUUCAGUGCGGACUUUCAGCUUGUUUUCCGGUUGAUCAAGUUCUUAAUCUUUGUUACAUUCAUGUCUAUUCUGAUCAUCUUGAUCGCUAUCCCUCACAUGACCUUCCAGGAUAUCAUAGUUUGUUUCCUCGCUUUCUUGCCAACUGGUUGGGGUCUACUUUUGAUUGCACAAGCAUGCAAAGGUGCUAUGCGCAGAUUUGGGCUGUGGGGCUCCAUUAAAGCUCUUGCUCGAGGCUAUGAGAUUAUGAUGGGGCUGCUUCUUUUCACUCCUAUAGCCUUCUUGGCAUGGUUUCCCUUUGUUUCUGAAUUCCAGACAAGAAUGUUAUUCAAUCAAGCUUUCAGUAGAGGACUUCAGAUUUCUCGCAUUCUUGGUGGACACAAGAAGGAUAGAGCUCGAAACAAGGAUUAAAUUAAUAGUGAAUGAAGUUGGCAUGCAAACCAUGACCAGAAGAUUGGAGCAUUUGUAUGUUAUUCUUCCAAAACUACUAAUUUUUUCCAAGUUUUUUUGUUUUUUUGUUUCCUUUGUAUCUUUUGUAUGAGCAGGGUUUUCUGUGUUUUUGGGUGCCAAUGACCCAUAAUAUAUCUGAUAUUGGUGAUGACUUGUUUGAAAUUUCAUUAAUGAAAAUGUAGUUAUUGGGUUUUUGGCAGCUAUAAA